UGUCGUACAGUAGUUUUGUCGGGCAUUCGGUGACUCGAAGUCAUCCGGUAAAAUCACGAUGCUCCUACGGUGUGCCUCCGCGUUCCGUAAACGCGAAGACAUUUGCUAGUGCUCUCUCGCGCGUUUUAAACGGACUGUGAUAUAAUCAGUGCGUGCGAUAAUUAAAAAUGUAUAUGUUUAUUAAAAACGUAUCUCAGUUAGAAUUGACACGCAGCGUACUGGCGAAAGCAUGCUGUAAAUGCACCGCGAUACAAUUGUUGUAACAAUAACGUUUGGUUAUUUUAUCUUAAUUCAUUUGUGAGAACGAAACGUCAAUCGCGCGAGUUCCUGCACUGUUUUGUCGAUCAUGUCCAUGAAGAAAGAAUCUCCUUGGGAUGUAGAAUUGCAUUUGGCAGCUGCACGUGGCGAUGCAAAACGACUUCGAGUUCUCUUGGAUUCCGGACGUGUCCAUGUUGACUGCAAAGACAAGGAUGGAACGACUCCUUUGAUAUUAGCUGCUGCCGGGGGCCACAUCGAGGCGGUCACCGAAUUGCUGCAACAAGGGGCGGAUCCUAAUGCUAGAAGACUGACCGGCACCACGGCGUUGUUCUUCGCUGCUCAAGGUGGCUACAUGGACAUCGCCAGCAUUCUAUUGGAGCACGGUGCCAUCGUCGAUUCUUGUAGCAUAGAUGGUGGCACUCCGCUUUUCGUUGCAUGCCAAUGCGGUCACUUGGACGUCGUAGAAGGUUUAAUCGAAAGGGGCGCUAAUCCGAAUGCUUACAUGAAGGAUGGGGCAACGGCGUUAUUCAUUGCUGCGCAAAACGGUCACGUGCGAAUCCUGGAGGUUCUGCUGGAGCAUGGGGCAAAAACGGACGCGGCGAGGACUGAUGGUGCCACGCCUUUAUGGAUAGGAGCGCAAAUGGGACAUGAUCAUGUUGUGAGAAGGCUUCUGAGAGCUAGCGCGAAGGUUGACGCUACCAGACAUGAUGGCGCGACCCCGUUGUUCAAAGCGGCUCACAAGGGUCACACUGCCGUCGUUGGUGAACUACUCAAGUACCGACCAUCUCUGGGUAUACUUCCGAAUGGUGAAAGUGCGCUACACGCUGCAGCUUUAACUGGACAGAUGACUGUUGCGAGGCAACUGGUAGGCGCUGGAGCAGAUCCGUUGCUCGUGAACCAAGAAGGCGUUACGCCACUUCAAUUAGCUAUUAGGCAUUCACAAACGCAGGUUGCCAAUUAUUUGAGGGAUAAAGUUAGGGCCCGAACGGGUGCAUCUUAGCAAAAUCCUCGUUUACCGUUAGCUCGGUAAAAUAGAAAUAAAGGUGAAGGGAUCGAAGAAAACUGAUGCAGACCAGUGAAAGAAAUCAGUAUUUCUUUAUUAAAAAAAAUGUAAUGUCUAUAUACAUAUGUUACAAAUUGAAUGUACUGUAUUAGAUUACAAGUUGACAAACGGGAUAAUCGAAAGAGUGCAAUCUUAUCAUGUUUCGCGUAGCGUUAGAUGAGACUAGAAAAGGUAAAGUGGAUGCUAAUCUUCGUUGCGAUUGCAAGACUGUGGUUUCAAACUCCGUCAUUUUCUUAAAACAAAAAACUAUUCGUUAUUUUUUGGUGUAUAUAUAUAUUUAGAGAAAUAUAUGAUGCACGUCCUAUAGUACGUAUUUAAAGAUAAGCGAAGUUAUAUUUUAGUGCAUUCUCUUGUUGUAAAGAACUUUACAAUGUCCAAAAUUUAAAGAAACGCUCUUGGAUAUGUACAUAAUGCAUGUACAUACAUCUAUUUUUACGGUAAAACUACAGUGGAUUCCAUUAAUAUUCGGGCAGAUUUCAAAAUGGAAUAACUUUUAAUACUUUUUGUUACACAUUAUACAUAUAGUACAUUAAGCCUUCUAACAUCCCGCAGGCAAUUAAGUUAUUUAGUCCAAUAUUAAAAAAAUUAUUUUAUUUUGAAGUGUAACGGAAUAUUAAUGGGAGUCAUUGUAUAUGCAUCGUCACUAGCUUAGACAGUCAAACUGCGAUGACUUAAUUUAUAACUAAAAAGAAGAUAAAAAUGUUAUAUAAAGUCAGUUAACGUUUUGUUAAAGAAUAGAAAUAAAUAUUGUAUACGUGACAUAUAAUGGAAAACUAUUUUUAAGUUGAAAUCAAAUCCAGUUUGACCGUCUAAGCUUGAGACAGUCCGUAUGUCUUGUUAACACUGAACUCGUUGUAUAAACGUAAUAUAUAUAUACAUAUAUAUACACAGAUACAUAUGUACCUUCGACUAGCGCAAUCGUUUUGUUCUAAUUGAGGGUUCUAUAAGACUGAUUGUUUUGCCUUCUGAAAGAGAAUGAAACGUAGUAAUCGUUUAGUACUGUUUCUUCCUAUGGUAACACUGUGUUAGCGUUACUGUAAUACGCACAGGAUAUAAGUAAAGGUAUUAUUUAUAAGAAAGAGAAAAUAUAUUUUAUGUUUUUUAGAUUAUUCCUCGUGGUGAUACUAAAAUGUUUUAGUUGAAUGCGUAAAAUAUUAACGAAAUAUAUUUAUAAUUAAUCGUUACUUUACACAAUAAAUACAUUUACACUGUUA